CCAUUUUUUGUGUUUGACGUUGUUGUCUUGUCAAAAGAUUUCGCUCUUUUUUCUAAUAAUUCUUUUAAUUCUAUCAGUAAUUACAAUUGAAUUCUCUGUCAUUAAAUUGUCUAAACUCAAAUUAAUAUUCGAAUUCUAUACCGAAAGUGUAAAUUACUAUAACUGCAAACAUAACCUAAAAAACAAAUGGAGCCAAGUGAUUGUGGUUUAUUUCUUCCAAACUUAGCUAACCCUAUAAAAAAUCAGCCGAGAAUAUUGAAUUUUACAUGUGAUAUGCCUAAUGCCGACGGAGUCGGUCUUAAUAAGAGUAAAAAAGUAAAAAGGGAGUGCUUAACCACAAAUAAUGCUGUUAAGUUCCUUCUAGAAGGACAGCUAAAAAGGAAGGUCUGCAGGUAUUGCCUGAAUGUGACGUCCCCUCUAUCGGAGCUAGACCAAGUCUUGCAAGUGGGUGGCUCUGGAGUACUAUAUAAAGUAACAAUAAGGAAUAUGGUUGCUUCUUUUUAUCCAUAUAAGGUGACAGAUGACCCCAAUUUCCCUAACAAAAUCUGCAACAAAUGUCUGAACCAAACAAUCAGGUCAUAUUUGUUUACACAGCAGUGUGAACGCUCUGAAAGGGCAUUACGAAAUUGCUUAGAAGAUAUGUAUAAUAAAUUCGAGAAGCUAGACCCUUUGGAACCUCAGAAAAAAAGAGGCAGACAGAAAUUAAUCCCGAAUCAUAACGUCCUGUACGCCGAACAUGAAAAAGUUAUAGAUUACGCUGAACCGCUUAUCAAUAUUGUGAACAGCGGUGCAGAAUUGACGGAACAAGUUAUUGAUAGUAAAUUUGAGUGCCCAAAGUGUUGGCAAAUACUACCAAAUUUAGAGUCGUUGCUCAACCAUGAGAAACAGCAUCCAAAGUCCAUGUGGUACAGUUGUCGGCAUUGCGGCAAGUCUUUUACCAGCCGUAACCAUUUGAAGAAACAUGUACGUACAACACAUGAAGUGGCAAAACCGGCUUUACCUUUACCAAAGACUGAUUUUAAGUGCGCUGAAUGCGGAGUUGUAAGUGAGAAGUAUAACGAACAUUUGCAACAUAUUGAGAAGCAUAAAUUCCAGAAUGUCUUGGAGCGUUUGAUUGAAAAAAAUAUGGAUGAAUUGUGUGCAGUUUGUUUGGACGUAAACCCAAAGUUGGUAGACUUGGAAGAGAUGGUCUGCCUUCACGGAGGAUUCCCAGAGAUGAUGGGGGAACGGACCCUGUACAGUAUCAUUGGUUCUACAGUGCCUGAUAAAUCAUCAUACAAAUAUCAAGAGCUGCUUGUGCCUAAACAAGCCAAGAUUGUAACCAUUUUGAAAGUUAAUAAAGACAAACACAACUUUGUCAUAUCAGCUCCUAUUGUUAUCUCUAAAGAUGACAUAGAUUUUGAUGAUUUGUACAUGUUUGAAUUUAGUUCACCCAUUAAUUUAGACAAAAACAUGAUUAUUACUCCUGAAAAUAAGCUUGAAGUCAGUGACAAUACUCAAAAUAAUGAUUUCAAUGAGUGUAAUAAUCCUAAAGAUACUGCCACUGUUACUGAUCCAGGAAAAACAUCUGAUAAAAACAAUAUUGGUGAUGCUAGCAAUGAAAAUAACUCUAUUAUGCCACCAGCAUACAAUAAAAGUAACAGUGCCAAAGAAAUUGCUGAAAAUAUCUACUCUUUCUCAAAACCUGAGUACAUUCAUGAUUUAAUCAGUACUGAAACUAAAUUUGACUCUGAUGAUCUGGUGAAAGUAACUGAAAUGGAAGUAAUUCUUGAUUCAACCUGUAAUAAAGCAAUUAAUGAAAAACCAUGCAAUGUUUGCUGGAUAUUUAAGAAUACUAUUUGUGAGAAAUGUUCAAAAGUAAACAAUAUUAUUGAGAAUGCAAAACCUCUUGGCAUGAAGGAAGAUGAAGUCAUUGUUAGCAAAAAACCUUGUCAGUUUUGCUGGGUAUUCAAAAACUGCCCUAGAUGCGAUUAUUGCAAGAACAUUUUAAAAGAAUCUCUUGAAUUAACUUCUGGUGAUGUCAUUAACAAAAUAAAUGAAGAAUUAGAAGUAAAUGAAGAAAAAGCUCAUCCUAAGAAAAGAAAGCUCCCUGAUGACUUAAAACCAACUGCUAAACGAGCCAAAUGGCAGUGCCAGUUUUGUUUAUCAUCCAAUAUAGAUACAAACUCAUGUCUGUGCUGUGAUGCUCAGAGAUAUUUAUAUGAAGAUAAUUCGAAAAUCAAGUUUAAUUUCAAUAAAGAUUUCUUCAAGAAAUUGAAUGAAAACAAUGACAGCUUUGCUAUUAAAGCUAAAAAUACUGAUAUCAUUCAAGAAACUAUUGAUUUGAUUGAUGCAAAUGAAGAUAUCCCAAAAAAAGUUGAAAAUUUAAUUAAUAAUGAUAGUAAAAAAAUGGAAAACGUCAUUUCAACCACUGAAAACAAUGUUGUAACCAUUGAUAAUGAAGUAGAAAUGGAAGCCUCACCUUCCACUGAAUAUGAAAAAGUUGUGGAAAGUGAAGAUAUGGAAAUAGCAGAGGAAAAUGAUAAUAUCUCCAAUGUAUCCAUAAUAAAUCAACCAGUUGUUUUCCCUAUAAUGUGUGAUUGGAUGCCAAAUGAAAUGGCCACUGAAAAACCAAUUUCAACAUUCCAAUUUAAUAUUGGAGCUACCACAGCAGAUGAUAGGAAAUGUGCUAGAAGAUAUAAAAGACCUUUGAAAAGAUCUGCUCCAUCUUUUCAUAAAUAAUUUAUAACAUUUACAAUUGAUUGAUUCUUGAAUACUGGAAGAUGCAUCAAUUACGAAAAUAUAUCAAAUUAUAUUGUGUUUAGUAGCUUGCUAUUGCUAUACUCAAUACACAUGUGCUGUGCUAUAUUUAUCUUUAGAUCUACUCUUAAAUUAUUUCCCAAUGUUAGAUCAUAAGGGUGCAUACUUAACAUAGUAGUAGUUAGUGUUACAUUUAACCUACUUAUUUUAGUAUGUUUAUGUAUUAUAUUCAUAAGAACCUUGCUUAUUUAUCUUUUGUUUACAAUAGUUUAAUCUUUUG